CUGUUCCUGAACUCCCUGAAUUAGUGUGCACUUAAAAUGAAAUAGAUAUAUAUUUGAAAGUUAGUGAAAGCAAGAAGAAACGUUCCAGUGCAGUCUAGUGCAGGAAUAGAAAACAAGCCUUUGAUCAUGUUGAGAUAGGUUUUUUACCUCGAACGUGACAAACGUUGAACGAUUAAUCAAUUGACAUUUUGUUUUGUGGGGCAAAGCGACACUUUCUGCCACAUCUUUUAUUUUGUGCAAAAACGCAUCGAAUGAAACUAUAAUUUCAUCAAAAUUGGAGGAUGCGUUAUUCGUAAUGAAUAGUACCAUAGUAAAAAAGUUUAAUCCAAUCCAAUUGAUGUCCUUAUGGAUUAACUAAGAAUGUUAUGACCAUUCUGCAUUGAGUAAUGGAAAAGUGACUGAUUCAGAAGAACAUCUGAAUACUCAUUAUUAAUGAAAAAAAUGAAUGAAAAGAACAUUAAACUUUCCUGUUUAGUUUUAUAAUAUUUUGCAUUUGAUGAUGAAACCUUUGAGGUAGUACAAAGAAAUAACCUGUUGUAAUGUUGCAAUAGUCAGUCAUUAAAAGGACAAUGCAAAUGCAAACACUGAUGAUCAACAGCCUGAUGCCAGUUUGCAAGCUGAAGAAUAAUUAACAUGUACAUGGAACUCCAAUAAUUUGGUAUGGCAAUAUUUUACAUUAAACGACUGUUUUUUUGCAACAUGCGACAUUUGUGGUAAAUACUAUAAUGGCAAAGUCAUAGAAAUUUUAGAGGAUCACUUGAUGUUUCAACAUCUGCCAAUAGUAAAAGUAAUAUAGCAAGAAAUUAGAUGUAAAUUAUCUAAUGCAUUUUUAUUUUUUGUAUUUGACAUAGAAUAUUCUAUGGCAAGAUGCAUUGAAGAUAAUACCAAAAUCAAUGUAUUUCAUGGAAUAAACUUUACCUGUGUAAUUAUCACAAAAUAGAUAUAUCUACAAAGACUUUACGAAGUACAUGAAAAAAGAACACAAACAUAAUGAUACAGCAAUCAAUAAAUGAAGAAAAUAAUGCAAGUGCAAAUGUCGAUGAUCAACAGGCUAAUGUAAAUUUGCAAACCAAAGAAAAUCAAGAAAAAGUAAUAAAUAUCUGGAAUUACAAUAAUGUCGUGUGGCGAUAUUUUACACUAGAAAAACACUCCUUUAUAAAAUGCAAUAUUUGUAGUAAAUGUUACCAUAAUACCAUAAAAGAUAUGUAUUUAGAGAAACAUCUGGCAAGUGGGCAUCCAAAAAUAAUAAAAGAAAUACAAGAAGAAAUUAAACACACGUGGUUAUCACAAUAUUUCGUAUUUAAUGUAGAUUCUUCUAAAGUAAAAUGCAUUGUUAAUAAUUGCCAAAUUAAUAUAUUUUCUGGAAUAAAUGGUUUAACAAAUCAUUUGCGCGUCCAACAUAAGAUUAAUGAAAGUGCAAAGGUAUAUACUAUUAAAGUUACUUUAAAAAAAAAACAAAGAAAUAAUACAGAAGUGAUGGUACAACAAAUAACUAAAGAGGAAUUUUUUACAAAUACUGGCGUUCAACAGUUUGAUACACAUUCACAAGUCAUAAAAUAUAAAAAAGAAUUGCCAUGUACCAGCGAACCCAGCUUAAUAUGGCGAUAUUUCACUUCAGAUAAUUCGCCUGUUGCAAAAUGCAAUGUGUGUAAUAAACUCUACAUGAAAAGUGUUGAAACACACUUAGAGCAUCACCUGAGUAAAGGACAUCCACAAUUGUUACAAGAAAUACAAGAAGUAAUACGAGAAGAACUUAGACAUACUGAUUUUUCCUCAUUAUUUGCAUUCAACAAAGAUUUUACGGUAACAUGCACUGUUGAGAAUUGUGAAUAUUACGUAAUUAAUAUAUUUCAUGGAACAUUUGGCUUAAUGCAUCACUUGCGCUAUUGUCAUAAUAUAACUACAGGAAAUUUUCCAAGUAUUAAAAAAAAUGACAUAGAUAUAACGAUACAACAAUCAAUAAAAACUGAAAAAGAUGACACAGACAUGAUACAACAAUUGGUAAAAACUGAAAGAGAUGACACAGACAUAACAAUACAACAAUCUGUAAAAACUGAAAGAGAUGACACAGACAUAACGAUACAACCGAUAAAAAUUGAAAGUCACGAUACAGAUGUAACGAUACAACAAUUGAUAAAAACUGAAAAAGACAACAUAAGUGCAAACACUAGUGAUCAGUGUGCUAGGGCACAUUCGCAAGAGAAAUGUCAAGAAUUAACAUGGGAUUCCAAUAACUUGAUAUGGCACUAUUUCACACCAAAAAUAUGGCCGGUUGCAAAAUGCAACAUCUGUAAUAAGUAUUAUAAUGGUAAAAACAUAGCAGAUUUAGAGGAUCAUCUGACACAUAAACAUCUAUAAGUGAUACAAAGAAUAAAAUACAAGAUACAAGAAACAAUUAGAUGUACGGAUUUAUCCGCAUAUUUCGUAUUCGAUGUAAAUGAUUUUAAGGCAAAAUACAUUUUUAACAAUUGCAAAAUCAAUAUAUUUUACGGACUAACUUUUUUAAGAGACCAUUUGCAUAACCUUCAUAAUAUAAAUAAUAUCUCUGCAAGGACUUCUCAAAAUAGAUAUAAAGUAUGCACGGAGAGAAAAAGUUUCUCAAAUUUCAAUAAAUAUUAAAAUUUAGUAAGUUUUCUCUCAGUGUACGAAGAAGUGACGUAGAAGUAAUGAUGCAACAAUUGAUUGAAGAGGAUAACAUAAGUUGAUAACACACAUUGAUAGUUGACAGCUUGAUGAAAGUUUGUAAGCAGCAGAAGACCAAGAAAGAAACUGAUUCAAUUGUAAUAGAAAGAACAAGGACAACAGAGACAUCAUGGAUUCUAUUUCGAAUUUUGCAAGCAUGCGGAGCAAUCAUGAUUGCAAUCUCUUAAAUAAACUGGAAAUAGACAUUGCAAGUACUGGCGACAAGAUGACCCGUAACCGUAAAUUAUUGGCGGCGCUUUUCGAGAGGCAUCGAAGAUAAUGAGGUGCGCCAUUCGAUAUUCGCGCGCACCACGUGCCCCUGGCACAUCGCUCACAGCGAGGCCGACGAUUGCUGACGUUUGACUAGUUGUCUUUGAUCAAGCGCGGCGAACGCUACGUACCGAAGUGAAUAACGUCAUGUUCAAGACAGUAUUAUGUGGCAUAUAUUCGACAAGCGGUAUCACGCUGUUAUUUCUCUUUGUGAUGCUAUGUGCCUUGAGUGAAAGCGUGAGAUAUCGGGCAAAAUUCACCUUCUUCAUAGUAGGGAGCUUGUUAGCCGCGGGAUUAUGGAUACCGUUUAUGCUAUUUCGAAUCGGCAGCUGGAAAAAUGCGCUAAUGCCGGCCAGAGGUGCGAUAUUAAUAGCGAAAAUCAUCGGGAUGAAUUUCCGUUUUCGCGGCAAAGAGAACAUCGUCAAAGAUUCGGGCUCUAUUGUGCUCAUCAAUCAUCAGAGUUCAUUAGAUCUUUGCGUUUUAGCUGAACUAUGGUUAGCGAUGGAUAACUGCACCGUUAUUUCGAAGAAGGAGAUUUUGUAUCUAGGACCAUUCGGUCUCGCUUCAUGGCUUUGGGGAACGCUGUUCAUCGAUAGAAAAAAAGGCGAAGAAUCAUGCCGGAUUAUUAAUGCUACUACGGAAUCGAUUCGUGUGGCGAAGCGGAGACUUCUUCUAUUUCCCGAAGGACAUCGACAUUCGGGUAAUUCAUUGCUUCCCUUCAAGAAAGGCGCUUUCCAUGUCGCAAUUGAGUCUCAAAUGCCGAUUCAACCCGUUGUCGUGUCAAAGUAUUACUUCUUGGACGGCAAAUUAAAAAGAUUCCAUUCAGGAAGUAGUUAUAUUACUGUUUUACCAGCUAUUCCUACCGCGGGUUUGACCAAAAACGAUCUUCCAAAGCUCAUGGAGCAGACGUACAAAGUUAUGAAUAAAACCUUCGUGGAAUCCACGACGGAGUGUCUCGAGGAGCAGAUACGAAGUUUGAAAUGCGAGUGACGCAAAACGAUUAGCAUAACUAAAUCGUGAUCUAAAUUCCGAUUGAAAAGCGAUUGACUGACUGAUUUGCGCAUUGCAAUGGGAUUGCAUGUGUGAAUGAUUUUUAUUGUGCUAUUAUAAAUUCUCAUGAUUGCGUGUAGUUUUUACGCGCUCUUUCACACAUAAAUUAUGUACGAUUCUAGUAAACGAAAAUGGAUUAAAAAUUUGCAAUUUAUUUUUAUUUAUUUAAAUACAUUUUGGAUUAAAAAACA